UUCACAAAACCCGUUCUCUUCUCAAACACUCUCUUCCUCCAUAAACAAAUUCCCCCAAAAUCUCGAUUUACCAAUUCAGCUGCAAUCAUGUACAGCAACAUGCUCGUCAACUGCACCAACUGCCGCACACCUCUGCAGCUACCAGCUGGCGCCGGUUCUAUCCGUUGCGCGCUCUGCCACGCUGUCACUCACAUCGCUGACCCACGCGCUCUCCCACCUCAGCCCGCAUCAUCUCCCCAAGCGCCGUUCCCGUCUCCUUACAACCACGCGCCGCCCGGCCUCCCGCCGAAUCCUCACGGCCGCAAGAAGGCUGUCGUCGUCGGCAUCUCGUACCGGUACUCGCGGCACGAGCUCAAGGGAUGCAUCAACGACGCAAAGUGCAUGCGUCACCUUCUCAUCAACAAGUUCAAUUUUCCCGAUUCUUCCAUCAUCAUGCUCACCGAAGAAGAAGAUCCUUAUGGCCCCAAAUUUCCAAACAAGCAAAACAUCAGGAUGGCAAUGUUUUGGCUUGUACAAGGAUGUCAACCAGGAGACUCCCUGGUUUUUCAUUAUUCUGGUCAUGGAUCACAGCAAAGGAACUAUAGUGGUGAUGAAGCUGAUGGAUUUGAUGAGACUCUAUGUCCCCUUGAUUUUGAAACACAGGGUAUGAUUGUAGAUGAUGAGAUCAAUGCAGCAAUUGUCAGGCCUCUUCCUCACGGGGUUAGGCUGCACGCACUAAUUGAUGCCUGCCAUAGUGGCACUGUUCUAGAUUUGCCAUAUCUUUGCAGAAUGAACAGGAGUGGACAAUAUGUAUGGGAGGAUCAUCGCCCUAGGUCAGGUAUAUGGAAGGGAUCAAAUGGUGGAGAAGCUAUCUGCUUUAGUGGAUGCGACGAUGAUCAAACUUCAGCUGAUACAUCUGCACUAUCCAAGAUUACAUCAACUGGGGCCAUGACGUUUUGCUUCAUCCAAGCCAUAGAGCGGGGUCAUGGGGCUACGUAUGGCAGCAUUCUUACUGCAAUGCGCACUGCCAUCAGAAAUGCCGGCAAUGAUGGUGGUGGUAUUGUGGGUGGAGGCGUAGUAACCUCUCUUCUCUCCAUGCUUUUGACCGGAGGUAGUCUCACUGUUGGUGGAUUGAGACAGGAACCACAGUUAACAGCUUGCGAACAAUUCGAUGUAUAUAGAAAACCUUUCUCAUUAUGAUAUUUAUUACUUAACAUUUUUAUACUGCUAUUUUUUCCAUUGGCGCUGCCCUUGUAUGUGAGCAUAUCGAUUACAAUGACAAAUUACUGUAUUAUAUGGUAGAAAGAGUUCCUUUUUCUGGGAAUUAAUUAGGAUAUGUUUGGUUGAAUUUAUGCU